AGACUAUAUCUGGCAUGCAAGGUGUUCUUACUUUACGGCCACAUAUCCCCAACUCAAGGAUGAAGAGUAAUUUGAUCUCCAAGUGGAGCAGGCAAAGUCAUAAGUACAACCAUAGUGAUCUUCAUGUAAAUACUUAUGGUUUUUAUGUUUAUGAUAGUGUCUGGGCACUAGCUCGGGCUCUUGAUGCCUUCUUUGGUGAUGGUGGUAGGAUUUCCUUUUCAAAUGACUCGAGGUUGCACGAUGAAGCUGGGGAAACUCUUCACCUUGAAGCAAUGAGCAUUUUUGACAUGGGAAAUAAAUUAUUGGAGAAUAUUAGAAAGGUAAACUUCACUGGGGCAUCUGGGCAAGUGCAAUUCGAUGCUUCAGGUGACCUCAUUCAUCCUGCAUAUGACAUCAUAAACCUCAUCGGAAAUGGCAUGCGGACCAUUGGUUUUUGGUCAAAUUAUUCUGGCUUACUGUCGACCAUGUCUCCAGAGGCUCUAUAUUCAAAGCCUCCUAAUACUUCUCUAGCCAAUCAGCAUCUCUAUGAUGUUAUUUGGCCUGGGGAGACUGCACAGAGGCCUCGAGGAUGGGUUUUUCCUUCAAAUGCCAAGGAGUUAAAAAUUGGUGUUCCCAACAGAUUUAGCUUCAAAGAGUUCGUCACGGAAGACAAUGCUACUGGGUCAAUUAAUGGUUAUUGCAUCGAUGUCUUUACUCAGGCAUUGUCCUUGCUUCCUUAUCCUGUUAGCUACAAGUUCAUACCUUUUGGGAGUGGUACUGAAAAUCCUAGUUAUGACAAACUCAUACAGAUGGUUGAAUCAAAUGAGUUUGAUGCAGCUAUAGGGGAUAUCGCAAUUACAAUGAGCCGGACAGUCGCUAUAGAUUUCACCCAGCCAUUCAUUGAAACAGGCUUGGUUAUCUUGGCUCCAGUUAAAAAGCAUAUAAAAACAUCCUGGGCAUUCUUGCAGCCAUUUACUUUGGAGAUGUGGUGUGUUACAGGGUUGUUCUUUCUUAUUGUGGGUGUGGUUGUUUGGGUUCUUGAACAUCGAAUCAAUGAGGAUUUCCGGGGUCCACCAAGUCAACAAAUAAUAACUAUUUUCUGGUUCAGCUUUUCGACUUUGUUCUUCUCCCACAGAGAAAAUACUAGGAGUACCUUAGGGCGUGGUGUCCUGAUCAUAUGGCUAUUUGUUGUUUUGAUCAUUGUAUCCAGCUAUACUGCUAGUCUUACUUCCAUCCUGACCGUGCAACAACUUGAUACUUCUAUAAAAGGAAUCGAUGACCUGAAAAGUAGUGAUGAUCCUGUUGGUUUCCAAGUUGGUUCGUUUGCACAAGACUACAUGGUUAAUGAACUGAACAUCUCACGGUCAAGGCUACGAGCUCUUGGUUCCCCGCAAGAAUACGCUGAUGCCCUGCAGCUAGGCCCUAAGAAAGGAGGUGUUAUGGCUAUUGUCGACGAGCGACCCUAUGUUGAGCUGUUUUUGUCAACUUACUGCAAGAUUGCGGUAGCUGGCUCAGAUUUCACCAGCAGAGGAUGGGGCUUUGCAUUUCGAAGGGACUCCCCUUUGCAAGUAGACCUGUCCACCGCAAUCCUGUCAUUGUCAGAGAAUGGGGAGCUGCAGCGGAUCCGUGACAAGUGGGUCAAGACAGGCGAUUGCACAACUGACAACAGCGAGUUUGUUGACUCGGACCAGCUCCGCCUCGAGAGCUUCUUUGGCCUGUUCCUAAUCUGUGGUGUGGCGUGUGUCCUCGCGCUGCUCAUCUACUUUGGUAUCAUGCUACGCAAAUACCUCAAACAUCAUCCGAGGAGGAGCCUCAGAAGAUUCAUCUCCUUCGUCCAUAAGAAGGAGCCACCAAAGAACAUGGAGAGGCGAUCCAUGAGCCUGCUUAGAAGCUCGACACCAACAACGCCGAUGAGCAGCCUUACUGCCCUUGACAUAGAAAGGCCGGACAGGCCAGUUAGAAAUGACAGCGCUAUUGACAUGGAAAGCUAGUACAUCUGUACAAAAGCUAGUGCAUGGUUUUCUUAAGUCAGGUGGUUAACUGUUCUGUGUGAAACAACACAGGGGUCAACUACUAUGUUCCGCUAACCUAGGUUGGAAAGCCAGGCACCAGGGGUGUAUAGAGGGGGUUGAAAAUACUUCGUAAGUACUAAAAUUUAAGAAAUAAGAGAAGGAAUGAUCACUUUUUUCUUUGCAUGACUGUAUUUUGGGGGAUAUUGUGCCCGCUUCAGACUCGGCGUUGGUUGUGUGGUCUGUUCAUGUGUUGGAUUGGGCAUAGUGUGGUUAUUCCAAGUCAGUUAGAUCGUGUGGGUACUUCGGUUCAACAUUAUGCAGCAGACUGAGUCUGCAGGCUGCCUGUAUAUUGUAGUACUAAACUUUGAUGUUCAUUCACAAACUAGUUGAGAUGGAGCUGCACAAAAAAUGUGUUACUG